AUGGGAAUUGUUAAGAAGAGUAGGUUCAUGUUUAGGAAAGGAAGAAUAAACCGCGUAUGGACUGCAAUAUAUGACUUUAUUGAACGAACUUUGAAGGAAGAACGAACAAAACGAACUGAAGAAGAGACGUUUCGUGUAUACCCAAUCAAGCCAUCUUUGCCGGCUGUGGGAGGCUUUGAAGGGGUUGGUGUAGUACAAGAAAUUGGUAAACAAGUUACAAAACUGCUGCCUGGUGAUGUUGUUAUUCCCGGUGUAAAUGGCAUAGGUACAUGGUGUAGCCAUACAGUACAGAAUGAGAAUGACUGGUUGAAAAUACCACCAGGGACACCUACUAUAUUCGCAGCAACUUUAAGAGUAAAUAAUUGUACAGCUUACAGAAUGUUAAAAGACUUUGCCAGGUUAGAAGCAGGUGAUGUGGUUAUACAGAAUGCAGCUAAUAGUGGGUGUGGUCAGGCUGCUAUACAGAUAGCUGCAGCUAGGGGAAUACAACGGUCAGAUUUUGAUGAUGUUUGUCAACAUCUCAAAGACCUUGGUGCUACAGAAGUUAUCAGUGAUUUCUCGGCUCAAAAAGGAGAAAUUAAACAGCUGUUAAAAGACCAUGGCAAACCCAGACUUGCUCUGAAUGCUGUUGGUGGUAAAGCUGCUAUCACUUUGAUGAAAUAUCUAGAACAUGGUGGUACCAUGGUAACCUAUGGUGGGAUGUCACGGCAACCAAUCACCUUGCCAACUGGAUUAUUGAUAUUUAAUGAUAUCAAAGUUGUGGGUUACUGGAUGUCAAGAUGGCAUGAUAAAAAUGGAAAAUCGGAUGAAGCCCAAACAAUGAUAUCAGAAUUAUGUGACUGGAGUAAAAAGGGAAAGUUGAAACUACCAAGACAUCGAAUGGUACCGCUUAUGGACUACAAAUCAGCAAUUGAAAUCACCAUUGGACCCUACAGCACAGAAAAACAGAUUCUAUCCAUGGAAUCAUUGUAACCGUUUCUA